UUUGAUAAAUAAUCCUAUUAGCAGGUGGGUUUUGUUUUGGAUAGUCUCCCUGAGUGAUGAAAAAUAAAGAAGAAACGUAACAUUUGACUGAAAAAUCAAGAAAAGAAAGAAGUGAAAGAGAAGAUCAAUCGAAACCCCAGAAUAUCAUCUGGAUUAAGAUGAUGGAGGAGGUGAUAAUGAUGUCAAUGAUAUCUCCUUCAGCAUCAAAUUCGACUUCACCACCUGGUGGUGGUGGUGGUGGUGGAGCAAAGGAACAACAAGCAGCUGGAGUAGGAAUACUAUUGCAGAUAAUGAUGCUUGUUUUAUCAUUCGUAUUAGGUCAUCUUCUUCGUCGUCAUAAAUUUUAUUUUGUUCCCGAAGCUAGUGCUUCCCUUUUGAUCGGUUUGAUUGUUGGUGGACUUGCUAACGUUUCAAAUACAGAAGCAAGCAUCAGGCCUUGGUUCAAUUUUCACGAGGAAUUCUUCUUUUUGUUCUUGUUGCCACCAAUUAUAUUUCAGUCAGGAUUCAGUUUAGCACCAAAACCAUUCUUUUCUAACUUUGGAGCCAUUGUUACAUUUGCAAUUCUGGGAACAUUUAUUUCUUCUAUCGUUACUGGAGUUCUAGUAUAUCUUGGUGGUGUGUUGCUGCUCAUGUAUAAACUUCCUUUUGUUGAAUGCUUAAUGUUUGGUGCACUUAUCUCCGCAACAGAUCCUGUCACUGUGCUAUCCAUAUUCCAGGAACUUGGGACUGACAUGAACCUAUACGCCCUGGUGUUUGGCGAAUCUGUUCUGAACGAUGCAAUGGCCAUUUCCUUGUACAGGACUAUGUCAUCAGUUAGAAGCCAAGCAUCAUCUGGGCAGAACUUCUUUCUUGUCAUCCUAAGAUUUCUCGAGACCUUUGUUGGCUCAAUGUCUGCAGGGGUUGGAGUUGGAUUUACGUCUGCCUUGCUUUUUAAGUACGCAGGCUUGGAUGUUGACAAUCUUCAGAACUUAGAGUGCUGUCUGUUUGUGCUUUUCCCUUAUUUCUCGUACAUGCUGGCCGAAGGUCUUGGCCUUUCUGGAAUUGUCUCAAUAUUGUUCACGGGAAUUGUUAUGAAGCAUUAUACAUUCUCAAAUUUGUCAGAGAACUCUCAGAGAUUUGUUGCUGCUUUUUUCCAUCUGAUAUCAUCAUUGGCAGAAACAUUUGUCUUCAUAUACAUGGGCUUUGAUAUAGCUAUGGAAAAGCAUAGCUGGUCGCAUGUUGGAUUCAUUUUUUUCUCAAUUCUGUUUAUUGUCAUUGCAAGGGCGGUGAAUGUAUUUUCUUGUGGAUACUUAGUCAACAUGGUUCGACCUGCAAACAGACAAAUACCUUCCAAUCACCAGAAGGCACUUUGGUAUAGUGGACUUCGAGGGGCGAUGGCCUUCGCCCUUGCUCUACAAUCAGUUCACGAUCUCCCCGAGGGACAUGGCCAGACAAUAUUUACAGCAACCACUGCGAUUGUUGUUUUGACGGUGUUAUUGAUUGGAGGAUCAACUGGAACUAUGUUGGGAGCCUUACAUGUUGUAGGUGAUGGUCAUGAUGAUGGACCCUUGGGUGAAAGUUUUGAAAAUAGUGGCUAUAUUGCUCCUUAUGAUGAAGGUGCUUCAUCAGGAAGUAAGUUGAAGAUGAAGCUUAAGGAGUUCCACAAAAGCACCGCAUCUUUCACGGCUUUAGACAAGAAUUAUCUCACUCCAUUCUUUACGACACAAGGUGGAGAUUCAGAUUCAGAUGAUGGUGGCUUACCAGCAGCAGCUCCAAGUUCUAGAAGAAAUGGCAGGGGAUUUCGAGGCCUUCAUGGGUGAAGAUAAGCAAUUGAUGGAUUUUUUUUCUCCAAGCAGUGGCUUCUUAUAUGGUUAUAGCAAAGAUAUUUUUUGUGGUAAAUGGAUAGAAUUGGAAGGUGGGGGUAACUGGAUUUAACUAACAAAAGUGCCUAGCUAGCUUUUGCACCCCAUUGAUGAAAAAAAGAAAAAGAAAACGGUGGUGGUACAGAGAAAUGUAAGCAGCUUGAACGGUAAUUAUAUUGUGCCAGAUGGGCUAUUAAGGCAGGUUUACACGUGUAUAUACAGGUUGAAUGUCAUUAUGAGAACCCUUAUACGAAAAAGAGUUGAGUUGAAUAAAUAGCAAACUAGUUGGAAAUAAGUAGUAUCGGAUGUGUAUUGAAAAGUUUAAGAUUUUGAAAAUCUCUCAAUAAUCUAUGCUCUACAAUUUCAUGCAA